GUCACUAAUACAUCACUCACACCUCUCCACAAUCGAGUUGGCGCUGUGGUCUCCAAAAUGUUCCAUCGGGAGGUGUUUGGGGGGCAGCUGCCUCAGAGGGACCUCCCGGAGCAGAUGGAGGGGUUGACCCACGUGUGGUCACAGGGCGCCUGCCUCUGCUCCCUUCAAAAGAAAUAACUCUCCUGCAUUACUUCAGAAGCUAGAGGAAGUGGACAGUGUCACAGCACAACAUGUGGUGGAGAGUUCUCAGCUUGCUGUCCUGGGUCCCCUUACGAGAUGCCUUUCUGACUAACCGCACGGAAACCAUCACGGUGGAGGAAGGCCACACGCUCACGCUCAAGUGCACCACUUCUCUGGAGAAAAACGCCUCCCUCCAGUGGCUGGCGCCCACGGGCUUCACCAUUUUUUUAAAUGAGCAUCCUGCUUUAAAAAAUUCUAGAUACCAGCUGCUUCAUCACUCGGCCACUGAGCUGUCCAUCGGUUUGCCCAGUGUCACCCUACAAGACGAAGGCGUGUACAAGUGUUUACGUUACAGUGACUCGGUGAGCACAAAGGAAGUGAAAGUGACUGUGCUAGCAACCCCUUUCAAGCCAACCCUGGAGGCUUCAGUUAGCAGAACGCUGAACGGAGAAGAACAUGUUGUACUUCAAUGCGCCACCAAGAGAAGCAAGCCCCCUCCGCAGAUAACCUGGCUGCUGGGGACCAACAUGGAGAUCUAUAGUGAAACCCACCAUAAAUUUGAAGCGGAUGGAAAGAAAUGUAAUACCACCAGCACGCUAAUGGUGCACUCCUUUAGCAAAAACUCAACCGUGGAUUGCAUCAUCCGACACCAAGGCCUGCAAGGGAGAAAGCUGGUUGUGCCCUUCCACUUUAAAGAUUUGGUUACGGAUCGGGAGACAGCUUCGGAUGCUCCAGAGAAAAGCCCUCUCUCCUCUCCGGACCCUCAGCAGCCCACGAGUAUUGUUUCAGUAACGGAAAAUUCCAGAACGCCAGAGUUUAAUAAGGAAGAAAAAGAACAAACCACUCAAGACUCUGACUUGACCAGUGAAGCGAAUCCUCAGUACAUAGGGUUGGCAAGGAAGAAAAGUGGCAUCCUGCUGCUCACGCUUGUAUCCUUCCUCAUCUUCAUCCUCUUCAUCAUAGUCCAGCUCUUCAUAAUGAAGCUGCGGAAGGCUCACGUGGUCUGGAAGAAGGAAAAUGAAAUUUCAGAACACACUUUAGAAAGUUACAGAUCAAGGUCAAAUAACGAAGAAACAUCUUCCCAAGAGCAAAAUGGUCAAACUUCCCACUCUAAGCGUUGCAUGAACUACAUUGUGAAGUUGUACUCAGGAUCAAAAACAAAGAAGGAGAAGGUACAACAGUCACAAUUACAAGAAAAGUGCACUCACAUCCCGGAGAGUAUUGUGUAG